AUGGCGUCGGCGGUCAUGUCGGGGUUGCUGUACGCGGCUGAGGUAUGGAAGGCGGCAAUGAAGUGGGGUAGUGCGAUGGCCAGUAUGAAUCGGAUGAUCAGGCUGCUGGCAGUCCGGAUCUGUAGCGCCUAUAGGACGGUGCAGGCCGACGACGUCAUGGUGGUUGCGGGGAUCUGUCCGGCGGAGGUCGCGGUGGAGGCGAGGGCGAAGAGGUGGGACAGAGAUAAGGUGUACGCGGAGUGGCAGGCGAGGUGGGCAAGGAGAGAGUCGUGGACGAAGACACUAAUCCCGGAAGUGCGUGAGUGGUGCGAGAGGGGGUACGGAGAGGUGGACUACUACGUAACACAGUUUUUGACCGGUCACGGGGAAAAUGGGCGUUACUUGGAAAGGAUUAAAAAGCGCAACGACGGCAGGUGUGUGGAUUGUGGGGAGUACCCGAGAAAGGGAGACCAGGGAUCGAGAGCGAGGGAGGCGGUAGUAACAUCUACCGCGGCGGCCGGACAUGGCCGCGAAGAAUGCCAAUGGUGA